AUGAGAGAGACUACAGUUUCCAUAGCAGGCUUCAUAUCCAUGAUGCUUGGCCUUAAAGCAGAAGAACUGUCCAAGGCUUUCCAAGAUGGGGGAUAUGACCUGAGAUUGAACUGUUACCCUCCAUGUCCGGAAUCGGAACGAGUUCUCGGCAUCGCUUCACAUGUCGACAUAAGCGGGAUCACCCUCUUGCUCGACUGCGGCGACACACCGGGAUUACAGGUCUUGAAGGAUGGCCGUUGGGUUUCUGUCAAACCAAUAGCUGAUGCCCUUGCUGUCGACAUUGGCACUAUUAUCAAGAUAAUGAGCAAUGGGAUAUACAAAGCGCCAUUACACAUAGCAGUGGUACACAGUUCGAAGGAGCGAUUGUCAGUAGCAACUUUCUGCUACCCCAGCACCAAUGUCCAUAUUGGCCCAGCCAAAGAGCUGAUCAAGCCAGGAACCCCAGCUCUAUACAUGACCCUCACAAUGGAUGACUACAUCCAGAGAUUUUUCGAUUGGAAGCGUGAUGCCAUUCCAUUUAUCGAUACCUUGAAAAUCUAA